ACUACCAUGUCAUACCAAGGACUGCUUUCCCUUACUGAUGGCAUAACAAAUUUUAAGCUGCUUGGAACAAGUUAAUACUUGAUCAUGGCAACAAGCACCAAUCUACAAGGAUUUAAUCUGGAAGAAAACAAAGAUAAUGUCUGUGAAACUGUCCUUGGUGAGAUUAAAUACUUGGAGCUGCCUUUAGGAAUCACUUUAGGGUCUGUGUAUGAUGAUCAGCCAAAUGCACACCAAAAGUUUAUGGAAAAAUUGGAUGCAUGUAUACGUAACCAUGACAAAGAGAUUGAAAAAAUGUGCAAUUUUCACCAUCAAGGGUUUGUGGAUGCCAUUACAGAACUUCUUAAAGUAAGGGCUGAUGCAGAGAAACUAAAGGUCCAAGUUACUGAUACAAACAGAAGACUUCAAGAAGCUGGGAAAGAGGUGCUAGCUCAGACAGAGGAAGUCAUCCAGAGUAGACUUCAGCAGAGGAAUAUUAUCACCGUGGUUGAGAAACUUCAGUUGUGCCUUCCAGUAUUGGAGAUGUACAGCAAAUUAAAAGAGCAGAUGAAUGUCAGAAGAUACUAUUCUGCUUUAAAAACAAUGGAACAGCUAGAAAACAUAUACUUUCCUAGAGUUAGUCAGUAUCGGUUUUGCCAAAUCAUGAUGGGGAACCUUCCAAAACUUCGCGAGGAAAUUAAAGGGAUUUCCAUGUCAGAUCUGAAGGACUUCCUGGAGAGCAUUCGGAAGCAUUCAGAUAAAAUUGGUGAAAUGGCAAUGAAGCAGGCACAGCAGCAGAAAACCUUUAAUACUGCUCUUCAGAAGCAUAGCGGUCUGUGUUGUGGAAGGAAUGUAUAUGUAAAUAGCAGUGGAAUUGCAGAAUCAAGGAGCGAAAUAGUUUCAAAGCAAAACCUAGAAGAUGAAGAAGAACAUGAAGAGGAGGUUUUGACUGCUCAUGAUCUGGUAGAUUUUUCUCCUGUUUAUAGAUGCCUACAUAUUUAUUCAGUUUUGGGUGAUGCAGAAACAUUUGAAAACUACUAUAGAAAACAGAGAAGAAAACAAGCGAGACUAGUUUUACAGCCACAGUCAAACAUGCAUGAAACAGUAGAAGACUACAGAAGAUACUUCAGUCAAAUUGUAGGUUUUUUUGUCGUGGAGGAUCACAUUUUACAUGCCACCCGAGGACUAAUCACAAGAGCUUACACGGAUGAACUUUGGAACAUGGCACUUUCAAAGAUUAUUGCUGUCCUUAGAACUCAUUCAUCCUAUUGCACUGAUCCUGAUCUUGUUCUGGAGCUGAAGAAUUUGAUAGUUGUCUUUGCAGAUACCUUGCAGGGUUAUGGUUUCCCUGUCAACAGACUAUUUGAUCUUUUAUUUGAAAUAAGAGACCAGUACAAUGAGACGCUUCUUAAAAAAUGGGCUAUAUUGUUCAGGGAUAUUUUUGAAGUAGAUAAUUACAGUCCAAUUCCUGUAUCAAAUGAGGAAGAGUACAAACUUGUGAUUAGUAAAUUUCCUUUUCAAGAUCCAGAACUUGACAAGCAUCGCUUUCCAAAGAAACUUCCAAUGUCACAGUCAGUGCCUCAGAUUUAUAUCCAGGUUAAAGAAUUUAUUUAUGCAAGCCUUAAAUUUUCAGAGUCACUUCAUCGGAGUUCAACAGAGAUAGAUGACAUGCUUAGAAAAUCUACAAAUUUAUUGCUGACUAGAACUUUAAGCAGUUGUUUACAAAACCUCAUUAAAAAACCUCACAUAGGUUUGACAGAGCUGGUGCAAAUUAUCAUAAAUACAACACAUUUGGAACAAGCAUGUAAAUAUCUUGAGGACUUUAUAACUAACAUUACAAAUAUUUCCCAAGAAACUCUUCACACAGCAAGAUUGUAUGGUCUUUCAACUUUUAAGGAUGCAAGACAUGCUGCUGAAGGGGAGAUUUAUACUAAGCUUAAUCAGAAGAUUGAUGAAUUUAUCCAACUCGCCGACUACGAUUGGACAAUGACUGAGCCUGAUGGGAGAGCUAGUGGCUAUUUAAUGGAUCUGAUUAAUUUCUUAAGAAGCACUUUUCAGGUUUUUACGCAUUUGCCUAAUAACAACAAUGACUAUGCAGCCAUGUCGGGAAAAGUAGCUCAGACUGCUUGUAUGUCUGCUUGCCAGCAUCUCUCAACUUCCCUGAUGCAGAUGCUGUUGGAUAGUGACUUGAAACAGAUCAGCAUGGGAGCCAUUCAGCAAUUUAAUUUAGAUGUCAUACAAUGUGAAUUGUUUGCAAGUUCUGAGCCUGUACCUGGAUUCCAUGGAGAAACCUUGCAGUUAGCAUUCAUUGACCUCAGACAACUCCUGGACCUCUUCAUGGUGUGGGACUGGUCGACUUACCUGGCCGACUACGGGCAGCCCAGCUCCAAGUACCUGCGCGUCAAUCCCAGCACGGCUUUGGCCCUCUUGGAAAAAGUCCACCGAGGGAUGAAAGACGUGAACAAAAAGAACCACCUUUUCGCCCAGUUCCGGAAGAACGACCGCGACAAACAGAAGCUCAUCGAGACGGUGGUGCGGCAGCUGCCGGGGCUGGCCCACGGGAUCGCCCAGCACCCGUGAACGCCGGCCCCCCCC